GUCACAGCAGGACGAGCAUCCUGCAGGACUACGCACGGUGGCGUACCAGACACAGCGGGUUUGCUGAGCGUCACCGUUGUUGGUUCAAUUUGCACCGCACGCCAGUGCAGUAAGCGCAUCCAGUGGACAGUAGUAGACUUGCUCUUGGCAACAGCGUAACGGCGGCCGGGCGGUAACAUGGGAGCCAAGGUAGUGUGCGGUGUAUGGUACGUGCUCGCGGUCGCCGCGGUGCUGGUGGCGCUGCUGACCGACGGGGCUGCGGCCGGUUCCUGCCGGGAGGCCACGCUCUGCUGCAACGGGCGUGACUCGUCGUGCGUCGUGCAGAAGGCCCCACUGAAUGCCAUCAUUGAGGAUCUGAACGAUAAGCCGUGCUACUGUGAUCACGCCUGCCUCAAGCUGGGCGACUGCUGCGAUGACUUCAAAUCGCACUGCGGCGUAAUCGACUGCAUCGUGAGCGAAUGGGGCCAGUGGAGCGAGUGUGACACGGCCUGCGGCAACGGUAUGAUGUCCCGGACUCGCGUCAUCGAGCAGAAACCGCAGAACGGUGGCAAACACUGUCCGUCGCUGGUGCAGAAACGGGGCUGCCAGGGUCUGAAGUGCCACAACCAUCACGACCGGAAGGCGCUGCGCGAAACGGCCCUCCUGCUGCCGGCGGCCCUGUCCAAGAGCCGUCACGAGAACGACACCAGCGACAUCCGGCGGAAUCUACGACUGCGCUACAAGAACGCCUUCAAGCACAACCGGGGCAAUGAGUACUGCGUCGAGUUCGAGGUCAUCAAAGCGACGAAGGCGUGCCACAAGGACACCACCUACCGUGGGUUGGCCGAGGGCGAGCGCGUCAUCGUGCGCUGCGAUCUGGAGGCCCUGCACGAGGACAAAACCGUCGACACGCUCGCCAGCAACUCGGUCCAGGACGAGGACGAACCGGAAGACACGCCAAAGUACCGCUGCCGGGGCGAUGGGUUGACCGGACGGAACACCCGCUUCACGACACUGGCCAUGCCGGCCUGCCGGGGCAAGUGGAUGCGCCUGACGGUGGGCCAGCCCAAAAAGUGUCCCUCGAGUGAUGCCCAGUUUAUCUUCAUCUAAGUGCGGUCCUUGCGUUCCCAGCCCCAGCCAACCCGCUAUCUCUGAUCCUUCCGAUCGCGCCAUAUCAUGUUGACCAACACAUACACGCACAGACACACACUGGAGUAACUGACCGACGCGGUCUAUUGCUCGAUUUUUUUUACGUUUGGUCAGGGCAGUGUUCCAGAGCCUGGCCACCAAAUGGUUGGCCAUUUUCACUUGGAGCACUGCGCUCGAAUUUAAUUUCGAAUUUAUUUCUUCUUUGGGCCCCCCAAAACGGGGGGCAAGGCGUAUUAUAGGUGUAUAGAUAAAUAAUAUUACUAACACACGUUUAAGUAAAUUGUAACAUCUCUCUACCAGCGCAAGACAGGAAGCGAAACAAAGCAGAAAAACCCGCUACAACAUAUAUACCAUAAAAACACUCUUUCCGAAAAGCAUUAACAGUCAAGGGAGUGGACACAACGGUAGCGAUGCGUUAUUACACGUUACACAUCCGUUAAGGAUCCUCAUCGCAAACCGGCAGGUUGCGUGUGUAAGAGGAGGUUGGAGAAAAGGUGCCCUACCUUGUGGCAUACCACGGGCGCAAGGGUUCUGUUCUUUCCUUUCGCGGCCUUUUGACUCGACCGCCAGGCCAGGCAUCCGUCGGAGGGAAUCCUGUCAAAUCUGCAUUUCGAAGAAUCGGAUCGAAGAACACGAACACGUGAACACGAUUCCCCCGAACACACGCACACACACGUACAUGGCAGCA